GGCAGCGGCACCGGGGCUCGGGACCGGGUGCGGGGAACCGGGGGAGGGACCGGGGCAAAACUGCCCCCCACCCCCGGCGGCAGCCCCCGCGUGGCAGCGAUGCAGCCCCCGGAGCCGGGUCGGGCCGGCGGAGGCCCUUCCAGUGGCACCUGGUGGCCAAAUGGCACUGCAAGCUACAGCCACCUCCCGAGGGAGAACUACACCUUCCUGGCCUACUACCAGCAUUCCUCCCCCGUGGCCCUCAUGUUCAUCCUGGCCUACACCUUCAUCUUCCUCAUGUGCGUGGUCGGCAACGUCCUGGUGUGCUUCGUGGUGGUGAAGAACCGCCAGAUGAGGACGGUCACCAACAUGUUCCUCCUCAACCUGGCCAUCAGCGACCUGCUGGUGGGCAUCUUCUGCAUGCCCACCACCUUGGUGGACAACCUCAUCACAGGCUGGCCCUUUGACAACACCAUGUGCAAAAUGAGUGGCCUGGUGCAGGGCAUGUCCGUCUCCGCCUCCGUGUUCACACUGGUGGCCAUCGCCGUGGAGAGAUUUCGCUGCAUCGUCCACCCGUUCCGGCAGAAGCUGACGCUGAGGAAAGCCCUGCUGACCAUCGCCAUCAUCUGGGUGCUGGCCCUGCUCAUCAUGUGCCCCGCUGCCAUCACCCUGACCGUCACCAGGGAGGAGCACCACUUCAUGGUGGAUACCUACAACAAUUCCUACCCUCUCUACUCCUGCUGGGAGGCCUGGCCCGAGACGGGGAUGCGGAGGAUCUACACGGCCGUCCUCUUCUCCCACAUCUACGUGGCCCCGCUCGCCCUCAUCGUCGUCAUGUACGCCCGCAUCGCCUUCAAGCUCUUCAAGUCGGUGGCGCCAGCCCGUGGCCAGGAGGAGCCGGAGGGGAGGAGGAUCUCCCGCAGGAAGGCCAAGGUCAUCAACAUGCUCAUCAUUGUCGCCCUCUUCUUCACCGUCUCCUGGCUGCCCCUCUGGACGCUGAUGCUGCUGAUCGACUACGGGCGGCUGAGCGAGGGCCAGCUCCGCCUGGUCACUGUCUACGUGUACCCCUUCGCCCACUGGCUGGCCUUCUUCAACAGCAGUGCCAACCCCAUCAUCUACGGCUACUUCAACGAGAACUUCCGACGGGGCUUCCAGGAGGUCUUCCGGAGCCCCCUCUGCUCGCUCGGGUGCCGCCGCUGCGGGCCCUGCACCCCCCGGAGCCACGGCCGCGGGACCUUCCUGGGCGCCCGCAACCGCAUCUUCACGCGGGCCCCGACCAGCGACUCGCCCCCCGCCUCCGAGUCGGGCCCGCUGGCCCCACGCCGCGCCAGGGCCCCCGCCUGGGACGGCUGAGCGGCCUCCGGACCGCGGGCUCGCGGGAU